AUGGAGUACAAGGAUAUAGACAAUUACUGCGAUCGGGGGAUCAGCAUGAACGCUUCAAACUAUCUCACAUCCCCAUUCGACGGUCUUUGUCUGCAGGUACGAACUUUCAGAUUUUUUCUGAAAACGUUUUGAUUUCAGAAGUUUUUCUAUCAACUCCAGGCGUCACUGCGCAGAUUCAGCCCUUGGGAGGAGAUCCUAUACACCACUGUGUAUAUCAUCAUUUCGGUCGCCGCCGUCAUCGGAAACGGUCUUGUGAUCCUGGCAGUUGUGCGGAAGAAGUCGAUGAGGACGAACCGAAAUGUGCUCAUUCUCAAUUUGGCUCUUUCUAACUUGGUAACAGAGAACUGCGCUAACUUCCUUAUCUUUUUGUUUGUUUAUUUCAGAUUCUCGCCAUCACCAACAUCCCAUUCCUAUGGCUUCCGUCAAUUGAUUUCGAAUUUCCGUACUCUCGCUUCUUUUGCAAAUUUGCAAAUGUUCUUCCGGGUAGCAACAUUUAUUGCUCAACGCUCACGAUUUCCGUGAUGGCAAUCGAUAGGUACGGUAGCUGUCUUCUAAUAAUUGCCAGACGGGAUGACCUUUUGUUUUCCAUCGGGUCGCCUCUGAAACAUAAAGAUCAUCCUAGAGAAAAUGAAUGGAAAACGAGACUAGACUAGACAAAAGGUUCCGAUAAUUACGUUAUUUUUGUCUAUUUUUUUCCCAUCAAAUUUUUUCAACGUCAUGGAAUCAUCCAGUGGGGUGUUUUCAGAUACUACUCGGUCAAAAAGUUGAAGAUUGCCUCAAACCGCAAACAGUGUUUUCAUGCUGUUCUGGUAUCAGUCGUCAUUUGGAUUGUGUCAUUCAUCUUGUCACUUCCUCUUCUUCUUUACUACGAGACCUCCAUGCUUUACGUCAUGAGAGUAAGUUUUGAAGGAGAUGUUCAGAUGUGAUAAGAGAAGUUCAGGAGGUUCGAGUAGUCGACCCUAAUGGUCAAGAGGUCAUCCGAUCUUACGGAUGGAGACAGUGUCGCCUUGUCUCCGCCGGUCGAGGACCUGACAUCAGCACUCAGACAAUUCAGGUACUGAACCCAUUCCCUGGCCUUUUCUAUUGUACAUAUGUCUUUCAGCUGCUCAUGUCUAUCACUCAAGUUGUGUUCCUCUAUAUUGUCCCCCUAUUCGUUCUCUCCAUCUUCAAUGUCAAGCUCACUCGGUUCCUGAAGACCAACGCCAACAAAAUGAGCAAAACCCGUGCUCCGCCAAAACGCGAAGACCCGGGACGUCCGGAAAGUCACAACAACUCGUUGAAGCACAACAACAACAACAAUGCAUCGCUCCGUUCACCCUCUAUGCCCUCGAUCAGAAGUUCCAUCGUCGAGAGACACAACACAAACCGCCGUACCAGUCGGACCACUUCACUGCUCAUCGCAAUGGCCGGCAGUUAUGCUGCUCUCUGGUUCCCAUUCACUCUCAUCACGUUUCUGCUCGACUUUGAUCUCGUCAACAACGUGAGUCAAGUCAACUGAUGAUUGUAGCUGUCGUCGCCUGAUAAUUGUGGAUUGGGCAGGCUAAAAGCUGCAAAUUUGGUGUACACCGCGCAUAAUUGAUGAGUACGUUUUUCAGCAAGAGUACGUUACGCUUGUCGAGCGCAUUGAUCAAACAUGCAAGAUGGUCUCGAUGCUCUCGAUCUGUGUUAAUCCGUUUUUGUACGGGUUCCUGAAUACCAACUUCCGACACGAGUUCUCCGACAUCUACUACAGGUACAUCAGAUGCGAGGCGAAGAAUCAGCCAACCGGUAGAUUCCAUCACGACGUCUCUUCCAUUGCUCAUCACAGGUAGCAUAUCUGAAGAGGUCUCAGGAUAGAACAAUUCGAGUUUUAGGCAAGAUUCAGUAUAUAACGAUGAUACAACUCUCCUGUCAACUGCCCGUCAAAGUGUUGCCAAAGACGGAAAUUCAUCUCCCAGAGGGUCAGUUUUUUCAGUUUUUAAUGACAUUAAUUUUCUGAUUUUAAGAUUCCGUGCAAGUGUCCGUGUGUGCUCCGCCAAAACAAUGAUGAUUGGUGACCGAAUCGUACUGGACGACGAAGUGGAAAAAGAUAGUUUUGUCUGAAUCCCCAAUUAUUCCCCAUUUCCGUUACCAAUUUCCAUAUGCACUAAGAAAUUGUAUGAACAGAACAAACCCUGUCCUUACGUGUUCAAAAUACAUCUAACAACCGUAAUCUUUUUAUUUUCCAGUUUUCCUCAAUUUAUGUAUGUACGUUUUCGUUUUCAUAUUUUGUAUUUUGCAUCUCUCUUCUUUCACACUCGAUAAAUAUUUGUGUCCUGAGCCAUUGGAAAGGCGACAAGUUACAAAUGAAAAACGAAAGUUGGCCGAAGGAAGAAGAUAUCAUUUUGUUGUCAGCCAAAUACUUCGGGAACCAGUUUAUCAAGUGUUAUUUUUUUCAGGGAGAAAAAGAAAACAGAAAAAGGAAAAGGCAAUAAUCGUCAUCAACCAAAAAGGCGAAACUAUUCUGUGAGAAAUCGUCUAUCCCUGCUGUUUUGUCGCGUUGACGACAGUUACAACAUUGCGCCUGCCUUCCUUCGCGGGGUUAUCUUUCACUUUUUCGUUUUCGUUUACCCUCUACAAUUUCAGGAUUAACGCCUAGUCCAAGUGUCCAUUGGUCUCAAAACUCACUUAUCCGUGCAGUUUCGAGUGAGACAUGCAUAGACAUGCAAAUAUAUUUUGAACACUCAUGUUUCGCUAAUGAGAUGUAUUUUUCAGUGCUAUCCAUUUCCAGGAAAACGAGCUCGUCAUGAAGCCGCAUCUAUCUCUCCUCUACUUCAUUGGAUUCUUGUCAGUUUUGGAUAUCUAUCUUGGAUUCAUGCAUAAGCUUAUCAGGAGUGAGUUUGCAUACGUGCAAAGAGUUUUGAGCGAUUUCACUUUUUCAGUUUACAUCGCCACUGACGACUUUUCCUGUUCCAUUUCAGUAUGCGGAGAGUGCUUUAAAGCGUUGAACUCUCCUUCCGGAUAUCCAACAAAGGUUAUAACUCGAAAAUGAGUCCCGAUUUCUUCCGAAAUAUCUGCAGACUUGCAACGGUCCGGGUCAGAUUGCGCUCAAAUUUAUAUUCACGUUAAAAGCACUGAAAUUUUCUGAAAAUUUUUUGAAUUUCGGGCCGAGCGGGCUGGGCUAAGAUUUUAAAGGGUGAAUAUAUGGGUUUCAGAUAGCCAGCGUUGAGUCCCUUCUCAUUCUAAUGUCAUUUACAAUGGUCCUUAUCGCACGACUACUUUAUUAUGCGGCGUGGGUCAUUCCAUCUAAAAAAUUCCAUAGAUCCAGUGUUUUGCAGACAGAUCGAAAGUUUGUCAAAGCAAGUGAAUGCUAUUAUUUGUCUACUUUCUUUGUUUCAAUUCAAUGUCGCUAUAUUUGCUGGCGGCUGCUUUCUACAGGACGGAGGAUGUGAACAAGAUAUGAGUUUAUAUAAUUAAAGCUGUUUUCAGGGAAACUCUCGAAGAAGAUGCUGAAAAUGAUGUUCAACACUGAACUUUGUGAUGGGUUUAAAAUCAAGAGCACCAAUAAGCUGUUCCUCAGUUUCGGGCUAUUCCAAACUGAGAUUCUGCUCAGUUUCAUCAUAGUCAUCCUUUGUCAGAUGCUUCCACUUCUCAGUUAUUGCAAGAGAUACAAGGAGAUCACUCAGGAACCAGAUGCCGUCGCCUUGGAAGUAGAACCUGAAGGCGACGGCGAGCGUGAGCAGGAAAAGCAAGAAAUGUUUUCUUAUAUCGCAUAAUAAUGUAUUCCCACUUCAUAGAUUUGAUAAAUCAAAACAGAAACGGAAAAAAAAUGCUUCGUAGUCGUUGUACUGCUCGUAAAUUUUAUGCCAGUGUUCUCGGUGUGACACCUACAAUUUGCUCACCAUAUCCCUUCAAUUUUCUCCGCUCUGAAAUAAAAAUGUUAUACUUCCCACUGUGCCCUGCACGUUUUUUCUCUCUGAUCAAUUUUUCUCGUUUUUUCUUAAGAGAAACUCUUACACCAGCAAUUUUCUAAAAGACCGAAUGUCUGAUAAAGAAACAGCUGAAAAUAUGCUCUCUGCGAGUCGAGUGGCGAGCGUCCAAUCACCGACAGACUCGGCGCUCUGCCAUUCCGCACACUUGAACAAUAUUUCGCUCAGGUUUAUUUUUUAUUAAGUGAUUCUCUUCAUUCUCUUCAAGACAUUCAUUUUACGCAUCCGCAGUUGAUCAGUCUUAGGCUGAAAGCAAAAUAAGUGUUCUUUGAACCUCUAAAAAGUGAUUCCAUUAGACUUCUAGUAAAACAUCGUCUAAAUUCUGUUUUUCGGUCAGAAUCCGCUAAACUUUACAGAAAUGAGGGUCGAAGGCCUCACCGCCUUCCAAUCCACCGUCCGUUUAUCACUGCUCGUCUUUUCUGUAAUGAUUUUCGCUCUCUAUGCGGCGAUCAUCUAUCUCGAAGGUUAGAAAAUUCUCGGAUUACCAUUUUCUUAGGGAAAAGACGUCCAGUUUCAGUGACCUAUCCGAAAAUAGAUCCGGAAUUCCCGAAAUCUCAGAAUUACAUCUGCUUCGCUCAAGAAGACGAGAUCGCGGGCGCCGGGUUCAUGAAUGGUCUGCGCGUCGUUGAUUUCAUCCUUGAUGUUCUCAUCAUGGGUGCUUGCACGGUUUUAGGGCAAGCGACAAUAGAGUUUUCUAAAGAAUAAUGAGAUUUGACUUCCAGGUGUACAUAUUCUUAUCCGCAACUACACUGGGCGAUUUCGGUCUUCUCGGCUUUCAGAUUCAUAUUCCUGAUCCUCGAGAUUCAUCACGUGUCUUCAAUGAACGGAGGUGCGAAAUUCCUAUACCUGGAUUUGCGCCUAACACGGGCUUAUUGGAUAGCCGCCCCAUUAAAAAGCUGACAACAUUUCAGACACUCAACUCGAUAUCAUUCUCAGUGUAAACGACGGUUCGUGCAAAGUCGUCCCGGACCAACUAUCCACGUUCCAAGCAAUCAGAGCCAUUUUCGUCCUUCGCGUCAUAAAAGGAUACUUCACGAUCAACAUGUCCAGCCUCGCCUACGGAAACAGCAUUCUCAUUUUUUUGUUCGGUUUGAAGAGCGGAACAGUUGGACAGCAGGAAGAGGACGUUGAGGAGCAGGAACUGGCUGAACUGGAAAAUGGUCCCUUGCAAGAGACCGAUUUCAACAAUAACUGA